CAUCAAAAUGUGCUGCAAAUUCUGUUUUCAGCGACAUCUUCUCAGUCACUCAGCAUCACCACCAGCAGCUGGAGUGUGUGUGUGCAGGCAGAGCUCCGGAGGUUAGAGUGUGAUGAUAGCCUGAUUGAUAUCAGGAGUUUCACACUAAUUCCAACGCAGCUCGUACCAGCUCGGUUCUGCCUGUUCCCACCCACAACCGUGACUUCCACCAGCCCAGCUGUUUCUAAAAUGAACGUCCUCUCCUACCUCACCUCCUCCUCCUCGUGCCCCCACUUGUACCACUUACCCACUUACCCCAGCAACGACACCAUAUCAAACGACACCACCACAACCACAGAGAUCAGCCAUGUGAUCCUGCUGCAUUACAACUACACCGGCCGCCUGCAAAACAGGACAAUCUCAAACACCCAGACCAACAUCAGUACCCCCACAGCCAUCUUCCUCUUCAUCAGUAUUUUGAUCAUCGUGGAGAAUCUCCUGGUGCUGGUGGCCGUCAUUUCCCGCAUCCGCUACAGUCCGCGCUGGGUCUACAUCUGCAUUGCCAACAUCACACUCAGUGACCUCCUCACAGGUGUUGCCUACGUGGUCAACAUCUUCAUGUCUGGCAGUCAGACGUUCCGCCUCAGCCCUGCUCAGUGGCUCCUCAGGGAAGGGGUGCUUUUUGUGGCUCUGGCGGCAUCCAUAUUCAGCUUGUUGCUGAUUGCUGUUGAGCGUUACAGCACUAUGAUGAAGCCACUGUCCCAGAAGUCAGCCAGGAAGACCUACAGGAUCUAUGUCUCGGUGGCAUUCUGCUGGAUUUUGGCACUGGUGAUUGGCUUACUCCCCUUGCUGGGCUGGAACUGUUUGUGCAGCCUCGACAAAUGCUCCACCCUCCUCCCUCUCUACUCCAAGACCUACAUCCUUUUCACUCUCAUCAUCUUCUUCCUCAUCCUCUUGGCUAUUGCUGCACUUUAUGGUGCCAUCUACUGCCACGUACACAGGAGUGCACAGCUGGGCCUCCAGCACAGUCGCAAGCGCUCUUUAGGUCUGCUUAAAACUGUGGUUUUCAUAGUUAGCUUCUUUAUGGUCUGCUGGGGGCCCCUGUUUGUGCUGUUACUGGUUGAUUUCUUCUGUGUCCCUCGCCAGUGUGCACUGCAGUCCAAAGCUGACAUUUGCAUCAUCCUGGCAGUUCUCAACUCGGGCCUGAACCCCAUCAUCUACGUCCUGGGCAGCAGUGAUAUGAGAAAGGCUGUCUCCGAGCUACUGUGCUGCUGCUGCAUGAAGGCUGGCCUCUGUCACCCAGACAGGUUUACAUCAAGGGACUCCAGCAGUACUUCAGGGAGCAGGAGGGACAGUCUGAGGAACAGUUUUAACAAAAUCAGGAAUCUGAGUGUGGCCUCCCCGCCAUCCACUCCUAGCAAGCCUCGCAGGGCACCUAAAAAAUAUAGGUUGAGCUCAACCACCAGCUGCUUGUCAGUUUCAAGCAGUUAAACCACAAUGUGAUCCCCUCCUAACAAACAAGACCUGUGUGCACUGAUACACAUCUAACCGUUUCCUGAGUUUUGGUUCGAAUGUUCAGUGUUUUGGCUGCAGCUACUUGCACUGGUGAUAAAAAAAAAUUAAAAACUGUCAGAAAACCUGUUGAAAAUGUGAAGUAAGUUUACAGCGAUAAGCAUUUUUUUUUUGCAUACCAGACAUUUCUUUGUUUGCACUGUACUUUGACCACAGAAUGAAAAAUGUG